GUUAUGUUCUUCGCUACCAGAGAUGGCAAGGUUUUUGUACCCUCCACCUCCUCCAUACAACGGUCACAACCAUGCCAUAACUUCGAAUUUUCUGAAAUUCUGAUAGCAACUGAGAACUUUGACGAAUCAUUAGUAAUCGGGAGUGGAGGUUUCGGGAAAGUUUACAAAGGUAACGUAAUAUAUGGAUCAAGUCUUGUAGUUGCUGCCAUUAAACGUUUGGAUUCCAUGUCCAAGCAAGGGGCGACAGAGUUCUGGGCAGAAAUUCAUAUGCUUUCGAUGUUGCGCCACUGCAAUCUUGUGUCUUUGAUUGGCUAUUGUAAUCAUGAAAAAGAGAUGAUACUCCUCUAUGAAUACAUGCCCAAUGGAACACUUGAUGAUCAUCUCCAUAAACUCAGUUCCCCUCUUUCCUGGCUUGAGCGACUGAACAUAUGCAUAGGUGCUAGUCGUGGGUUACACUACCUGCACACAGCUCAAGGUGAUUCAAAAUUAUCAAGCAAUAGCAAGGGCAAUAAUUGUUUUUCAGAGAUGAAAGCAGUUCCAGCAGAUUUCCAAAGUCCACGCCCAAGUUUGAAUGUGUUUAAGUUUGCUGAUUUAGAAAAGGCUACAAGACUGUUUAGUCUAGAACGUCCAAGCCCAAGUCUGAAUGUGUUUAAGUUUGCUGAUUUAGAAAAGGCUACAAGAAUGUUUAGUCUAGAUUUGCUCUUGGGCGAGGGAGGAUUUGGAAAGGUGUUCUUAGGUUGGGCUGAGCAGAACACAUUAGCUCCUUCAAAACAAGGUGUUGGAAUUGCUGUUGUUGUUAAAAGGUUCUACCAAGAAGGCUUACAAGGGCUUCGUCAAUGGCUAGUAAGCAUCACCAAAUGUACCUCAACUUAUAAUAUCUGUAAGGAAAGCUAUAAAUUUGAAGUUUGGCAGAAAAACAUAAUAUUCUAAUUAAUACUCAAAUUCUAGUGAGUGCCUCAAGAAUGUAUAUGACUCGUGUAAGUACCUUACUUCCCUUAGAUUAUAA